GAAUUUAUUUCAGCUUGUACACGAACAUUGCGACUCGGCCCAAAAUAACACAAAAGAAACAGGAGAAGACUGCAUGAGAAAUGGAAAGUGAAACUCGCUUACUUGUGUUGAAAUGACGUAACAUUAGUUACGGCAUACCUAGUUCAUUACAGCUCAGCUGGGGGGACGUGGGGUACUCUACGGUAGUUGGAAUUUCUCAGCCAAGUCUUGUUCACAUUCUGUUCCGUCGUCUGUAGAGGUGGUUACUGGAUAUUUUACUGUGUCCUGGCAUUAGCUGUGUGCAGUGGUGCUGUGAAGCGAUAAAGUACUGAUAUCAGAAAGAAAACAAUAUGUGGUGUUGAGUGUCGUGUAUAUAGAAGAUAUGAAAGGAUUAAGCGUGUCUAGCAGUGGUAGUGGCGGAUUCGCUAGACUACUGUCAUGACACUUGUGAUCUUCACGGCUGUUUCUACCUCAGUAUGGCAUCUUCUGUUUUACACGACAUUGCUGGUGAUCUUCAGUCCUUUUGUGCUGCUUGUAGUGAUGCUUCUCCCAGAGAAUUUGCCACUACUUUUGCUCAGAAGGAUUUCUUCCAUUCCUAUGGAGUCUGUCUGAUUUCACUGAAUUUAUUUACCAACAUGAAUAUACUACCCGCCGCUUGUUCCAGAACUAGGAUACUCCUGACCAAAGGUGGAAAGGAUAUGAAGGACCUCCUACUCGUUUCGGUCCCUUGGUGCGCUAAUACUCAUCGCCCAGAAUAUGAGAAUAGACAUAAAGGGACUCAGGAGAAUGGGAACCUCUCCAUAGCCUAUCCAUCUGAACCUCCAACUGUCCUGACAUACUUCAUAGUGACGUUGCUGGCAGGUGUCGUGACGGCAGGCCUACUCCGAGUACCAAAGGUCUACAAUGCUCUCAUUUCUACCAACGAGAAGCUGGUUCCUAGCCGAGCAAUUUCGGUUUCUGCUCCGGUGCUUCAACCAGUUGCGUUGGCUCCUGCAGUUCCAGCAGUAGUUGUGACCAGUCCUUAUAUCGCUGUUCAUGACACUGAAGUGAAGUCUAACAAGACUGAGACAGAAGCUAAUUCUGAAAAUGAAAGUGAGAAGAAACCAGAAAAUGGACAAAAUGCCACAUCCAGUGACUUACCUGUAAUAACACCCUUCUCUCUUCCAUUAGCAUAUUACAAUUCUCUUACUUAUUAUCAUAACCUUUGGCCCUACUCCUAUUCGUCUGUGUCACCUGCCACAUUCUUAUUUACAGCUCCGUUCACAUAUCCUGGAAUAUUUGAUUUGUAUGGAGGCCUACCAUGGACUCAGAACAAGAAACCAGAGUCUGAUCCUGCUUCCUCUAAAGACUCAGCUUCUGAUGUUCCUUCUGGAACUCAAGAUGAUCCAGAAAAGGAAUCAGUGUCCAUCGAAGCAAGUUAAUUGUCAGAAUAUUGCAUAUGUUGAAACAUAAUCUGUGGAAGUCCAAAUUUUCAGCAUUUUUUGAUUGUGGAAAUUAUGAACACAUAUCAUUUAGUGUUUUAAGAGUUUCUGUUGAAGUGACUGAUAUCUCCAUUCUUUUAUGCAAAUUUUAUUGACAUAUAAUAUUUAUGAACAGAGUCUGUCACAAUAUUCAGUCCGGCCAUGUCAUAUCCCGUUUACAUACUAGCUCUAUAUCAGUAGAACCGCUGAAGUAAGUGGGACAGGCUUGUGAAGGUUUCACUGUAAGCAAAUUUGAGAUAUAAAUAGUUUCUCAGAAAACCAACUAACUGAAUCAAGUGACAAAAUUACUGUGCCCACAAUCUUGGGUCACUCUAAUACAAGGCUUUGGGUUUAAAUCCCACCCAUUAUGUGGCCCUGUGUCCAGGUUCUUUUUCCGCUUUGUUCUGUGUAGUCAGCUUUGCAGAAUACUUUCAUCCUGCCCCAUUGAAAGAGGCUUAUAGGUUAAAUUAAUUACUUAUGACUGAACUGUAAAAAUGGAGUGUUAAGCAAGAUAGCAGAGGAAGGAAAACUCUGUCAUCUUUUGGAUAUAUUAUUUCAGUAAAUUUAAAUCUAAAUCCCAUGACAGAAGUACACAAAAUGAAUUUUAAACAUAUUAAUGAAAACUACAGUAUGUAAGUAACAGGUUUAUGUUGACAGGUAUUCUUAUAGUUUCUGAUCACAGGACAGAGGAAUAAAUUCAAAUAUGAGGCACAGUGUCCUGCAUUGCAUGAUUGUCUCACUGUUUGUUGGAUUUUCCAUUACUGUUUAUGUAAACAAAAAUAAACAAUUUUUUAUUACCAUACAUGUUUUAGUACGAAAUGUGUAUGUUGUGUGUACAUAUGUUAUAAUGUGUUUGAUAUGUACCUCAGGUGGAAGCAUUGAGGAUUUAGUGGAGAAACGUCCUGUAUGGCUUAACUUGGAAGACCAAAUGCAUUCGGGUUGAUAGUAUUAAAAUGGAUCUUAAAGAAAGUGAAUUACGAGUAUACAAACUUAACUGAACUUGCUCAGGAUUGUGUCAAGUAAUGGGCCUCUAUGUGAUCUGUGUUGAAUCUCCAUGCCCUUUUAUCAAGAGGCUUUGUUUAGCUAUACCAGAUUUGAGAUCUGAACCAUCAUGAAGAUUCAUACUAUUCUAUUUUUCCAUCUACUCUGGUAGAUUACCCUUGUUUCUCUGGAACAUAUUACUUUCAUCAUCCAGGUAAUGUCCUGAAGAUGAAGGUAGUAUGCCUCUCUGAAACAUUAAUAUCCAUGUACCAGAAUACACAAUGUCAUAAUGCAACUGAAUACAAUAUUAGUUCAGUGAUUUAGCUGGUUAUGCUAAAACCAGUCAUGAUGUAUGGAUGUGAAACAUGGUUCAUAACUGAAAAGGAUGUUAUGUUCAGCAUGUGAACAGAAGAAACUUCUGGGUAAGGUGUAGAACCAAAGUAACCAAGAAUUGAAGGAAUUAUGUAAACCCCUUGUUAUGAUAGUGCAUGAAUAAAGGUCAAGUUUGGAAUGGG